CUAAAGAAACACCUUAAGAUCCUUCAGCCCUCUCCUAACUGCAAAGACACCUUCCCUGUGCCGCCCGUUAUUGCUUACAGACGUCACGAAAGUCUUCGUGACCUUUUGGUACACUCCACGCUACACAACAACACACCUUACAAGCAACUACCAGCCGGAGUUUACAAAUGCAACCAUCCACGCUCUCUCAGCUGUCCUUUUCUCCAGGAAGGCCAAACAAAUUACAUUUUUACCCCAACUAAUGAACAAAGAAAACUCAUUGACCACUUAUUCUGCAAAUCAAAAAAUGUUUCCACAAUUCAAUGCAACAAAUGUAAAUGCCAGUACGUCGGAGAGACCAAACGCCAACUAAAUGAACGAUUUGGAACGGAACACCGCCAAUCUAUCCUGACCCAUCAACAACUCAGUGAUCCCACUCCUGUCUCCUUACAUUUUAAUCAAGCUGGACGUUCAAUC